AUGGCGGAUCGCGCAAAGAUGGAAAAGUUCCGUUCGCAUGCAAAAGAAAUGGAAAUAAGAUAUGCACCGUUAAAGGGCAAAAAGGCAACAAUUGCAUCGCAAUCAAGUCGACGCACGAGCAUGCACGAAGUCAAACCAGUGCGCUCAAUAGCUGCGCCCUCGUUGAAGACGGGCGCAUCCCUCAUACCAGAUUUGAAUAAGUUGAUCAGUAGGGUGCGUGAAUUUCCCGACGAUCGUUUCAUCUAUUUGACUUAUAUGCUAAGCAAAUCGAGUGAAUAUUUCACGCCAUACAGUUUGAUGGAAGUUCAAUAUGAAGAUCUACCGAAUAAACAUCACUACUUCACCAUGAGUCGUCACGGUGUAACCUAUUGGCAUUUGUCGGAGAACUUUUUCACACCGCUCACUCAAUGGCAGCAGGAGUUUCAACAAUUUCUAAGCAUAAUUAAAAUACAUAGUUUUGCUGUGUUUCGUAUGUGGAAGGGUUUCAAGGUGUGGGAGAAGACCGUCAAGUGGCGCAAACAGAACGAUGCACGCGCCUACCUCAGUGAUCACCUAUUCAUUGCAAUACCACCGUUAGCCAGAGCAAUUCUGCAAUUUCGUGCCGAUAUUGUACAGCUGAACAAGCUAUCGUUCGUUAAUGUUGCAGUUAUUGAAGAAUGGCAUCCAUUCUACUUUCUGGAGACGCAGAUGCGUGUGUAUGAACGCAUGAAAGCUACGCUGCGCGAUUUUCGCGAACGUUCCAAAAAGAUGUUGUUUGAUGCCUGCACUUCUGCCAUUGUGGAGCGUGGCUUCUUUCCAACAGACGAGAUCAAUUUUUUUCCAUCCAUUAAAAAAAUGAAGGAGGCAAUGAAUUUUACAGACCGUGCGAAGAAACGCAAUUUUUGCAAGAUGCUAUCAAACUUCUUAAGUUACUGUGACAAUUUGAUGUUCCACAUGUUGCACCAAUUGACUGCCAGCAGUUUUCGUCGUUUGGCCGAGUCAAUGGAAGCGCAUCACAUGGUAGGGCCAACUAAGGAGGAGUUGCAGGAGAAUCUAGCCGUAAAUGUGCAAAUCGAAAAUCCUCGACCGGAAAAUAUGCCAAUGAAUCCCUUCUUCAUUGCUGAGUUAUAUAUGCUAACAGAUCGUAUAGAUGUGGAGCCAUCUGAAGAGUCAUUGAAAUACAUUUUCCAACGCAUUUGCUCACUCAUAUUGGAAACGGUUACUGAAAUGGAGAGUUUUACCGAUGACAAGACAUUCAAUCAAUACACAGUACCUUCAAUCAUGGGCCGCCAAGAAGAACGCUUAGCAAUGACCGCACCAGAUCUAAAUUUCCUUCUACGCACGGAUGUACGAUUUCAGAAUGAGCGUAAACUCAUCUUCGCUUACAUACGCAACGCUUACGAGAAGGCUAUGCUCUAUGCAGCACGUUUUGAAACUAUACGAAACAAUUAUGAGAUCGAUACGACUACAGAUCCGAAAACGCUUACAUCAGAACGAGAAUUAGAGGCACUACGCACUUACUGUAAUCGUUAUACCAACAAUGUACGCGCAUUGGAUGGCAUUUUGUCGGUGGUUAAUUUGGGUCUAUUGAAGUUGACGCAAACAAGUUUCAAAGAAACUGUCACGCCGAUUUGUCAAAGUCUAUCGAACGUUCUGAAUGCUUAUAUACCAAAGCUAGCUGCCGAAGAGGUGGAUCGCAUCACACAAGAAGCGCACGAUUUUAUUGGCAUCAUUAGUGCAGAACCAGAAACUACUUUGGAAAUUGUCGAGCACAUACGAGAGCUGGAACGUAUCGAUGAAAAUUUAAAUAAACUUUUCGAAGCGGUUGAUUAUGCGCACGAUCUAUAUAUGAUAAUUAAAGAAUUCGAGAUACCAUGCGACGACGAGCGGCGUGAAGACUACAUGGAUUGUGAAGAUUUGGUAAACCGAGGUAGCGAGCUUCUGAAAGAAACACAGGCAAAGCGUCCGGAUUUCAUAAACCAAUUAAAUCAGCGCAUGCUGGCAGAUAUCGACGUAUUGAGAGAGGAAAUACACGACAUAGCGCUUGGUGUGCAAAUUUCCGAAUUAUUGGAUAUAAAUACAGGCAGCAAAAAAGCCAAAGGCAUACUGGAUGACUUGAAUCAGCGACUCAGCGCUUGCAAGGAACGCGUGGAAGAAUACAUUGGCUAUCAAAAGGAAUUCAAGAUUGACAUUUCACAAUUCCUUGAAAUGGAUGAUACAUUCCUUGAGAUAAGAAUGCGAAAUAAUCUUUGGCAAUCGCUGGAUGAAUGGGAUGCAGCUUUGGAUAGUUGGGUCAACAUGGAAUUCAAUCAAUUGAAUGUGGAAGAAAUGAAUAAUCUGAACAUGAAAAUAAUCAAAAAUUGCUUGCAAUUUGAAAAAUAUCUACCAGAAAAUAACAUCGUACCAAAAAUGAAAUCGUCCGCCGAUGAAUUUAGAGCAAAGCUACCUGUUAUUGGAUUCCUGCGCAAUCCGCAUUUCAAGGCGCGUCACUGGACCCAUAUCGAGAGUACGCUGAAUAUACGCGUUUACCAAGAGGAGGGCAUACGCAUAUCCACCUACGAGACAGCUGGCGCAAUGGAACCAGAGAAAGCGGCACAGCUGAUGGAGAUUUCAUCACAAGCCACAGGCGAAUCACAGCUCGAAGUAAUGUUAAAGAAUAUUGAAAAUAUAUGGAAGGAAACCGAAUUGACGAUCGUGAAUCAUCACGAUCAAAAAGAUGUCUUUAUAUUGGCUGGCACGGAGGAAUUACAAGUAAUUUUGGAUGAUUCAACUGUGAAUAUCAAUACAGUUGCAGCAUCGAAGUUCGUUGAGCCCAUUAAGUCGAAAGUGCAGGAGUGGAUUGAACUAUUGGAGCUGUUCAAUGAAAUGUUAGAGGUUUGGUUAAAUUGCCAGACAACGUGGAUAUAUUUGGAAGCUAUCUUCUCUUCGCCCGAUAUACAACGUCAGCUACCGCAAGAGGCAAAAAUGUUCUUCACCGUCGACAAGAGUUUCAAAAACAUUAUGCGAAACGCAAAGAAGAUUUCACUAGCUUUGCCAGUUAUGACUGAGCGCAAUACGUUCGAUGCGCUCAAUGAAAAUAAUCGCUUGCUAGAUUUGAUUAGCCGCGGUCUAGAGGCUUAUCUCGAGGUGAAACGUGUAGUUUUUCCUAGAUUCUAUUUCUUGUCCAAUGAUGAACUACUCGAGAUUUUGGCACAAACACGUGUCCCUCAGGCGGUACAGCCACACUUGCGCAAGUGCUUCGACGCUAUCUAUCGACUGGAAUUUGGACAGAAGGAAAGUGGUGAUGGUGGCAAAAUGAUACCCACAAACGACAUCAUAGCCUUCAUCUCACCUGAAGGUGAAAAGUUGCAGUUCGGUAAGGGUCUAAAGGCGCGUGGCGCAGUCGAAGAGUGGUUGAGCAAAGUCGAGGAGGCAAUGUUUAUUGCUGUGAAGCGAUACAUGCGCUUCGGUUAUCAGUGCUAUCCGGCUAAGGAGCGUGAUGAAUGGUUUCAGGAUCAUCCGAAUCAAGUAGUGCUGACAGUGUCGCAGCAACGAUGGGCCGCCGAUAUUCACAUGAUAUUGGACAAUAAUAAAAUCGGUUCAGCCAUUAAGAUUACCAAAUUGAAAGAGUUUGAGAAAAAGUGUUACAAAAAUUUAGCUGCCUUAGCGGCUAUGACACGAAGGGAUAUCUCUUCGCUGUUGCGGAAAGUACUUUGUGCGCUUAUAACUAUCGAUGUGCAUGCUAAGGACUCAGUUACAUUAUUACUCGAUAAAGAAGUGACAAAAAACACUGACUUCAAUUGGCUAAAAAUGUUACGCUUCUACUGGGCCUACGACACGGAUACUGUCUAUACACGCAUGGCCUCCGCGAACAUACCCUACUACUACGAGUACUUAGGCGCAGGCGGUGUGCUGGUGUUGACGCCACUAACAGAUCGUUGCUAUCUCUGUCUGAUGGGCGCCUUGCAAAUGGAUCUAGGUGGCGCACCAGCCGGCCCAGCUGGUACGGGUAAAACCGAGACCACCAAGGAUUUAGCGAAAGCCGUAGCCAAGCAAUGCGUCGUCUUCAAUUGUUCGGAGGGCUUGGACUACAAAAUGAUGGGUCGCUUCUUCUCCGGCCUGGCACAGUGUGGCGCAUGGUGCUGUUUUGACGAGUUCAAUCGUAUCGAUAUCGAAGUUUUAUCCGUCAUUGCGCAACAAUUGAUCACUAUUCGAAAUGCAAAGGUCAUAAAUGCGAAACGCUUCAUAUUUGAGGGCCGCGAAAUUAAACUGAAUAAAUCUUGUGCCGUUUUCAUCACAAUGAAUCCCGGUUAUGCUGGACGCACAGAGUUGCCCGACAAUCUAAAGGCCCUCUUCCGACCCAUGUCUAUGAUGGUGCCCGAUUACGCACUCAUCUCUGAAGUCAUCCUCUACUCGGAGGGUUUUGAAAAUCCUAAAAUUCUGGCUCACAAAAUGGUACAGAUGUACAAAUUAUGCAGCGAACAGCUCAGUCAACAGAAUCACUAUGAUUUCGGCAUGCGUGCCGUCAAGUCGGUGCUGGUUAUGGCUGGCGCUCUGAAGCGUGCCGCACCCGAUCAACGCGAGGAUAUUACGCUAAUCGCAGCGCUACGCGACUCCAACAUACCGAAGUUUUUGGCCGAUGAUGCCGGUCUGUUUCGUGGUAUACUAAGCGAUUUGUUUCCCGGCGUCGAGCUACCAGAUUCAUCUCAUCCCAGCUUGGAGGAAGGUAUGAUUGAAGGUUUGAAGCUGAAAAAUUUACAACCGGUAGCAAUUACCCUGCGCAAGGGCAUACAAUUGUACGAGACGAUGUGUGUGCGUUGGGGUGUAAUGCUGGUGGGACCGACAGGUGGCGGUAAGACGACGGUGCUGCAUAACCUUGCUUUCGCCUUGGGUUAUUUGUAUGAGAAAGACGUGCCCGGUCCAAACUUUCGGCCAGUUACGAUGCAGACAAUGAAUCCGAAAGCAGUGCACAUAAAUGAGCUAUACGGUUAUGUGGAUUUGAAAACGCUCGAAUGGCAAGAUGGCCUACUGGGCUUGGCUGUGCGUACUGCGGUGAAUGUGGAAGAGGAAAUACACCAGUGGAUAAUUUGUGAUGGUCCCGUGGACGCCAUUUGGAUCGAAAAUUUGAAUACCGUCUUGGAUGACAAUAAAAUGUUGUGUCUGGCGAAUUCCGAACGCAUCAAAUUAACCGCUUGGGUGCAUAUGGUUUUCGAAGUGCAAGACUUAGCACAAGCCUCACCGGCCACUGUCUCCCGCUGUGGUAUGGUUUAUGUCGAUCCCGAAGAUAUGGGUUGGCUACCAUUGGUCGAUUCGUGGAAGACUAGCGACAUCGAGAAGAAGUUAACCGCUGAACAAAUGGAAUUUCUCUAUCAACUCUUUAUCAAGUAUUUCAGCGAACAAUUGAAGCUGGCGCUGAAACAUGGUGCUUACAUGAUACAUCAAGUGACCAGCGCCAAGGUUCAGUUGCUGUGCGAACUAUUGGCUUCAUUGAUUGAACAGAAGAAUUGGACUAACGUCAGCGAGAAUGAAUAUAGGCCGCUUAUAAGCAAACUGUUUGGUUGGUCUGUUUUGUGGGCGGUCGCCUCGAAUUUCAAGGAUGCCGAAAAGGAUGGAUUCGAAAAGCAUAUUAGAGAGGUCGUAGAAGGCGAUACAAAUUUUGACUUCCCACCUGGCUCAAUCUGGGACUACUACAUCAAUAUGGAUACUGGGAAGUGGGAAAACUGGAACUCGAUAAUAGAACAAUUUCAUUUUGAUACCGAAAUGAAGUAUUUCGAUAUGCAAGUACCAACUGUAGACACAACAAAAUAUGGCUACGUUUCUGAGUUACUAUUCGCACGGAGAUAUCCCGUUAUGUUUACUGGUGAUACGGGUGUCGGUAAAUCUGUAUUAGCAAUUUCCGUGCUCAAGAAAUUGCAAAAAGGUAACGUAGUGCCGGUACUUUUAAACUUUUCCGCACAAACGGGUAGCGCACGUACGCAAGAAAUGGUCGAAGCGCAAUUAGAGCGAAGAAAACGUACACAACUCAGCGCACCAUUCGGAAAAAUGGUUAUCGUUUUCAUAGACGAUGUAAAUAUGCCUAAACUGGAUACAUAUGGCAGUCAACCGGCAAUCGAGUUAUUGAGGCAAUUUCUCGACUUCAAAGGUUUAUACGAUCGCGAGAAACUCUUCUGGAAAGAAAUCUUGGACGUAGUGCUGGGCUGUGCUUGUGCUCCACCAGGUGGUGGCCGAAACCCCUUGACGCCACGUUAUGUGCGUCACUUUGCGCUCUUCUCCCUGCCCAAACCGAAUAAUGAGACAUUGACGACUAUAUUCGCUGGCAUACUAACAGGCUUCUUAGACACAUUCUCCACCGUUAUACGCCCGCUUGCCUUACCUAUAGUCAACGCUUGUGUCGACGUUUACUCGCGCAUCGCCAAUGAAAUGUUGCCCACGCCUGACAAGUCUCACUACAUAUUCAAUUUGCGUGAUUUAUCCAAAUGCGUACAGGGUAUUUUGCAAGCCAAGAAUACUCAUUAUAAUCAAGAAAUUCAGGUGUUGCGUCUCUUCCUCCACGAAACGACACGCGUCUUUCACGAUCGUCUUAUCAAUGAUGAGGAUAAGGGCCUGUUCAAUAAUAUCAUGUACGAAGUUUGUCUCAAGCAUUUCAGACGUGAAGUAUCGAAGCGAGAUGAACCGCCAAUACUGUUUGGAGAUUUUAUGAUUUUUGGAAAGUCGAAAAAUGAACGCAUCUAUGAAGAGAUCAGUGACCACAAGAAGUUGGAAAGCAUUUUGAAUGAUUACAUUGAGGAUUACAACUCGAUAACGGGUAAGAGUAUGCGUUUGAUACUCUUUCAGGAUGCGCUCGAACAUACGGUGCGUUUGGCGCGCUUGCUGCGUAGCGAUCGUGGUUAUGGCUUGCUAGUUGGUGUGGCCGGCAUGGGUAAGCAAUCGCUGACACGCUUAGCUUCACAUGUUAACGAGUAUAAGUGCCUGCAAAUCGAGUUGAAGCGAAAUUAUGAUAUAAACGCAUUCCAUGAGGAUCUGAGAGUCAUCUACCGAUUUGCAGGGAUCGAAGACAAUCCCGUCGUCUUUUUAAUGAUCGACACACAAAUAGUGGAGGAAGAAUUCUUGGAGGAUAUAAACAAUAUGCUUAAUUCGGGCGAAGUACCAAAUCUCUUUGAGGGCGACGACUAUGAGAAGAUUAUAUUGGACGCACGGGAAGCAUGCAAUGCAGCAAUGGCUGGGGGUUGCAGUCGUGAUGAAAUCUAUAAGUUCUUCAUCAAUCGUGUACGCAAUAAUCUGCAUGUAGUGCUCUCUAUGAGUCCAGUGGGAGAUGCUUUCCGGCGACGUUGUCGCAUGUUUCCGUCUUUGGUAAAUUGCACUACCAUCGAUUGGUUCUCCAACUGGCCGACCGAAGCAUUGUAUUCUGUGGCUCUGGGCGUGCUGCAAGAUAUAGCGCGUGACAAUAACGAUCGUAUAGCUUUGGCUAGCACCACCGUAUUUAUGCAUAAGACCGUCGAAGAGGCAUCAGUACGCUAUUACAAAGAAAUGAAACGGCAUUACUAUACCACACCUAGCAGCUAUUUGGAACUGCUUAAACUGUAUCAGAACUUAUUAAAGGUUAAAUCCGAUGAGAUAAUCGCCAAACGAAAACGUAUUUCUAAUGGCUUGAAUAAAAUACUGGAGACCAACGAUGUUAUCGCUGUCAUGCAAAAAGAGUUAGAAAUUAUGGUACCACAACUGGAUGAAAAGUCGGCGAUUAUGAAACAAUUGGUGGAUCGUCUCAACGCCGAUACCAAACAAGCGGAUCAGGUGAAAGAGGGCGUAUUGCGCGAUGAAACUGUAGCUAAGGAGAAGGCUGCCGUCUGCCAAGUGAUAUCUGAUGAUGCUAACAAAGAUUUGGAAAUCGCUAUGCCAGCUCUACGCGAAGCAGACGCAGCAUUGAAUGGCUUAACGAAAGCAGACAUCAAUGAGUUGAAAUCCUUCACCACGCCACCCGCACUGGUACAGUUCACCAUGGAAGCGGUGUGCAUUUUGAUGGGAUCUAAAACCGAUUGGGCCUCAGCUAAACGUAUAAUGGCUGAUGUGAAUUUUCUGAAGCGGCUGUUUGAGUACGACAAGGAACACAUCAAGGAGGAUGUGCUCAAGAAGCUAAAGAAAUAUAUUGAACACAAGGACUUUUUGCCUGCGAAAUUGGAAAAAGUAUCGAAAGUCGCAUCCUCUGUUUGCAUGUGGGUGAUCGCUAUGGAUAAAUUCUCAAAGGUCUACAAAGUAGUCGAGCCAAAGUUGAAGCGCAAGGAAGCGGCAGAUGCCGAACUGAAGGACAUUAUGACCGUACUCAAGCAAAAACAAAAAGAAUUGGCGGCUGUUGAAGCUAAAAUUCAGGCACUACAAGAAGACUUGGAGGAGAAAAAUCGGGAAUUCAAAACCAUACAGGAUGCUGUCGACUUAACAUAUGGUCGCAUCAAUCGCGCUGGUCGCCUAACCUCCGCUCUAUCUGAGGAAGAAAUACGCUGGAAGGAAACUGUGACGAUGCUGACGGAGGAUUUGAAAAGUGUACCAGGUGACGUUUUGGUUUCCGCCGCUUGUGUCGCUUAUUUGGGUGCUUUUUCGACCCAGUAUCGCGAUGAGAUGUGCGCACAAUGGGUGGCCAAGUGUCAGGAGCAUAAAAUACCAUCAAGCGGUGAGUUCCUCUUAGUCAAAGUGCUCGGGGAUUCAUAUGAAAUGCGCCAAUGGACCAUGGAUGGUUUGCCCAAGGACACAGUUUCGAUUGAGAAUGGUCUCUAUGCGACACGUGCACUACGUUGGCCGCUUAUGAUCGAUCCGCAGGAGCAGGCUAAUCGCUGGAUUCGCAACAAGGAAAGGGCAAACGGCCUGAUUGUAUGUAAGAUGACGGAUGGUAGUUUAUUGCGUACACUUGAAAACGCUGUGCGCCAGGGAUUUCCAGUGCUACUGGAGGAUAUAGACGAGAACAUUGAUCCCUCUAUACGACCUAUCCUUCAGCGUGAAACUUACGUUUUUGAGGGUCGCGUCUAUUUGAAGCUGGGCGAUGUGGUCAUUGACUAUGAUCCACAUUUUAAACUGUAUAUGACUACGAAAUUGGCGAAUCCACAUUAUUUACCAGAAAUUUGUAUCAAUGUGACGCUGGUGAACUUUUUGGUAACAGAAAGUGGGCUCGAGGAUCAGCUGUUGUCUGACAUUGUGGCCAUUGAACUGCCUGCAAUGGAGAUUCAGCGCAAUGAUCUGAUUGUGAAGAUUAACACAGACAAGCAACAGUUAUUGGCGUUGGAGGAUAAGGUGCUCAAGCUGCUCUACAAUUCGCAAGGUAAUAUUUUGGAUGACGAGGAGCUUGUGGAAACGCUAAAUGACGCCAAGGAAACCUCACUUAUUAUUGCAACACGUCUCAUCGAUACCGAAGAAACGGAAAAACUCAUUACGGCCACGCGUGAAAAGUAUCGUUCACUGGCUUCCCGUGGUGCCAUACUCUAUUUUGUGGUAGCUGGCCUAGCCGAUGUGGAUCCCAUGUAUCAAUACAGUUUGAAAUACUUUUCACAAGUAUUCUGUAAUGUUAUACGCCUGGAACAUCCUAAGCAAAGUAUCGAGGAACGCAUAGCACAGCUGAAACUGGACGAGUUGAAAACGAUUUUCGAAAAUGUCUCACGCGGUCUAUUCGAAAAUCACAAAAUCAUAUUCAGCUUUCUGCUAGCGACGGCAAUUGAGAAACAAGAAGGCCGCAUUUCUCAAACCGAUAUGAAUUUCUUGACCCGCGGCAGAGUGGGGGCUGUGCCCUUCAAACCUAAGCCGGACGAUUGCUUGCUAACCGACGAGGACUGGGAAACAUGCAUUUUUCUGGAAACUGAAUUUCCCGCUUAUUUUGGCGGCUUUACUGCUGCGCUUGGCAAGCCUUUCUUUUUGCAAAUACUCAACACGAAGGAGGUCUUCAACUUCUCUUAUUCGAGAGCAACAGCUGUGGACACAUGGAACAAACGACUUACCAUUUUUCAUAAACUUAUGUUUAUACGCGUAUUCCGGCGUGAGCGUUUUCUGCUGCACGUGGUGCUGUAUUUAACCGCUACCGUAGGCAAAUACUUCACCGAAACAUCAGCAACAGGCAGUCAGUUGAAAACUGUUUUCAAUGACACCAACAACCUAACGCCUAUGGUCUUCGUGCUCUCUACAGGCUCAGAUCCCAUGGCCGCUUUUCUCAAGUUCGCCGAUGAAAUGAAAUAUAUGGAUAAGUUCUAUUCGAUCUCACUCGGUCAAGGACAAGGUCCGAUAGCUGAGAGCUUGAUCGAAAAGAGUUUGCGUCUGGGUCACUGGGUAUUCUUGCAGAACUGCCAUUUGGCCACAUCUUGGAUGCGUCAAAUGGAAGCCAUUGUGCGCAACAUUACUUUGGGCAUCAGCAAAGCGCAUGAUGAUUUUCGUCUCUUUCUCUCCUCUAUGCCAACAAAGAGUUUUCCCAUCAGUGUACUGCAAAACUCCGUCAAGCUAACAAAUGAGCCGCCCAAGGGCAUCAAAGCCAAUGUAUUGGGCGGACUUAACGAUUUGGAGAAAAACUUCUUCGAGAAGCAUGUAUUGCGCGAGAAAUGGCGUGCCAUUGUGUUUGGGCUGUGCAUGUUUCAUGCAGUCAUCCUAGAGCGACGCAAAUUCGGACCGCUCGGCUGGAAUAUCUUGUACGAGUUCAAUGAAAGUGAUCGUGAUUGUGGCCUCAAAACGUUGGAUUUCUUUAUCGAACGACAGAAGGUAGAUGAAAUUCCGUGGGAUGCAAUAUUCUAUAUAAAUGGUGAAAUAACGUGGGGUGGACGUGUCACCGACUAUUGGGAUCAACGUUGCUUGAAGACAGUAUUGAAAACAUUCUCGUCGCCACAGAUCAUUGAACCAGAUUACAAAUACUCACGCGGUGAUCCCUACUAUCGUGAUCCACAAAAACUAACUGUGCAGGAAUAUAUACAGUAUGUACAGAAAUUCCCGACUAUAGAAGAUCCGGAGAUUUUCGGCAUGAAUCAAAAUGCAAAUAUUGUAUUUCAAACAAAGGAGACGAACUUCUUUAUAACAACGCUGUUACUGGGACAGCCACGCGCAGCGGCGGAUGAGGGGCAGGCGGCGGAAAACGAGAAUGCACUGGAGGUUAUUCGCUCCGUACAAAGCGUGCUGAUUACAAAAAUCAAGCGUGACGAGCUUCACGAAUCGCUUAGAGUUCUGGAUGCCAAAGGUCAACUACCUUCCUUAACCACAGUGCUUGUGCAAGAGAUCGAUCGUUACAACAUCAGCCUACGCGUCUUACACGAUAGUCUAGUAAAUCUAUCAAAGGCCAUUAAAGGGCUCGUCGUAAUGUCCGACGAGCUAGAGGAAGUAUUUAAAGCACUGCUCACCAAUGUUGUGCCUAAUUUAUGGGCCAAAAAGAGCUUUCUCUCCAUCAAGUCGCUGCCAAAUUACAUUGCUGAUUUCCAGCGUCGCGUCGAAUUCAUACAAAACUGGACACGCAACGGUGGCCCACGUUCAUAUUGGAUAAGUGGUUUUUACUUUCCGCAAUCCUUUCUAACCGGCAUGCUUCAGACGCAUGCGCGCAAACGUGUGCUCCCAAUCGAUUCGCUUAAAAUAGAUUUUAAAGUCUACGAUCUGGUUAUCAUACAACAGUUGGUUUUUGAGCGGCACGCCAGCGGCAAGGAUGUUAAAGAUCUUUACGGUAGUCUACCAGAGUCGAAUGACUCUGGCGUCAAUGUGCAUGGCAUUUUCAUUGAGGCCGCGCGUUGGGACUCACAACGUGGUGGACUCUGUGAUGCGAAACAUGGCGAACUAUUUAGUCGCUUACCGGUUAUACGUUUCAUACCAUGCAUUAGCCUAGAUCCGGGCGAGCGCUACGAGGCACCACUCUACAAGACACAAGCACGUUCUGGCGUGCUAUCGACGACGGGUCACUCAACAAAUUUCAUACUCUCUAUAUUGCUGGAAAGCCGAAAUUCGCCUGACUUUUGGAUUUUGCGUGGCACUGCAUUGGUUUCUGGCGUUGCUGAUAAUAUUUCGUAAAAUGCCUAUGUGCGAGUGUAUGCUUUUGUUUAUAACGAACUUAAUUAAUUUAAUAAAAAUAAUUAGAAUAUAAUGCAGUUUUAUUCAGCAA